AUGAUUAGCUGGCACAGGGACACUCUGAUGGCCAGUGUGGAAUAUGAAGUCCCUAACACAACGAGUUAUUUCACCGGCAGUUCAAAUAUCCCCCCCCCCCCUGUUAAUAUAUCAAAAGCUGAAGCCGAAUUGCUGCAGGACACUCUGACAUGCGGCUCCUGUCAAAAGGUGUUCGUCCUGUCCGAGAUUGUCAAGUUCAUCCAGCACAAGGUGCACAGCUGCAACAAGGAGAACUUCAUCCUGUUGGAGGAUGGAAGCAACAAGCCGCCGGACUUCGACAGCGACCGGGACGAUCCCAUACCAGGGGGGCCCCAGAUGCUGUCCAAGGCUCCGAGCAUCUCGGCCCCUAUUUGCAACAGGAAGGGCCUACACCACCAGCACCUCCACCUACACAGAAAUCGGAACAGGCUCGAAAAGAUAAGAUGCGACGGAGUGGUGAUGCCUCAAGAGAACAACGUGGCUACAGAUUAUGUUUUGAAGAAGAACAGCGACGAUGGCAAGAAACUCGCCAAGGAGGAGCCCGUGGUGAAGGAGGAAUUGAAGGACUUGACUUUGAGGACUUCUCAAAAAGUUAUGGUCAACGCUUACACGAAUACCAUAAUUACAGAGCCAAGUACUUACACAUGCAGCACGUGCAAGCAGACAUUCACAUCAGCAUGGGUGUUGGUCCAGCAUGCACAAAGUAUGCACGGGAUGAAAAUAUACCUCGUAACGCCCUACCAUGGAAGUCGAAGUUCCUCCACGCCUUCCACAAUGGUGAUGCCACCUACAGGACCGCCACCAUCUCUCAUCAACCGCAACACUAGCGGAUUGGGAAUACCGCUGCCCCCCGUGUUGCCACCGUGUUCUAUGAAUGGUCCAACCCAUCAUCAUCAUCAUGGCGUCCUGCCUCAGCAAGCGCUUUCCCUGGAGAAUCAUCCCGCCCUUCAAUUGCUUCGGAUGCCCCUUGGUGAAAGACAAUUUCCGCCCACCUCACUUGGUGCGCCGAAUUUGUUUGCCAGACCUAGUCAAGACUUUCGAGUCGAUAUGCUGGCUACCUCUUCAUCCACAAGCAACAACAACAACAACAGCACGGAACUGAGUCAAUUCCCGAGACUUAAUCAUCACCCAAAACAACAGCACCUCCCACCUCAGAACAAUACUUCUCUACCUGGACUGGGUAUAGGAAGCUUCGAAUCUCACAAUCCGUUCAUCGAAAGAGGACCUCUCGGGUUGGAUUCGCACCCCAGGCCACCUCCCAUGAGCUUAGGCUUUGAGCCGCAAACGGAUUUCUAUUCUCAGCGACUGAGGCAACUGGCGGGAGCCACCAGCCCGACAACUGUGGUAGCCUCACCUCGUAAACUGACCCCACCUUUUACUCAUCCUCCCAUGUCUUCCUCUUCUCAGCCUUCCACUCCGACUUCCACACCUCAGCCAGUGCUCAAUCUUCACACAGGUGGCAAUGUCACACCGGCUCCCACACAUCAGCACAACAAUAAUCAAGCUCAUCGUGGAUCUUCAGCUUCUUCAACCAGUAGUAAAAACGGUGGUGCCACUGAUCCAGCCGAUGGCUCUCCUAAGUUGCUCAAAUCAUGGUCUUGUGAAUUUUGUGGAAAAUCUUUUCGAUUCCAAAGCAAUCUAAUCGUACACAGGCGCUCUCACACAGGCGAAAAACCUUAUAAAUGUCCUAUCUGUAGGCAUUGCUGUAGUCAAGCAAGCAAACUUAAACGACAUAUGAAAACGCAUCAAAGCAGCAACGGUAAAUCUACUCCCGGUUCAGAAAAUAACAGUUUGGAAUCACCAAGGUCAACCCCAGACUCGACGUCCGAAGCUGGAAAAGAAAGAAAUCGAGAGAGGCGAAGAAGCAUUGAUGAAGACGAAGAUGCUUCUGAUGGCCAAACUGCUGAUAAUGAAGAAGAAGAAGAAGACUUAGACGAUGAAGAGGAAGAAGAAGAUGAUGAAGAAGAUUUAGAGGAUCUGGAUGAUAGCAAUGAAGUUAUGAUGGCCGAAGAUUUAAGCACCAGAGGCCAUACGAAUUCCACGCCAAACCGUGGAUCUCCAAAUUCAGAUCAAACUGAUACACCAAAACCCACCUCUGAUGAUGUGAUAGUAAACAACGAUAAUAACAGUAGCAACACAAUAAGUGUUAGUAAUGGAGAAAAUGGGAGCAAUGACAAUGGGGAGAAAGAAAAUUCAAAACCUGAGCCUAGGCACUCAUUACUCAGUGAAGUGAUGGAUAAGAUAGGGUUAAGUAAUAUCCAACAGUACAAUGAAGCUUAUCAGAAGGCUUUAGAGGAAAGUUCAUUGAAAAUUUCUUCGAAAGAUGAAACAGAAACACCAAGUCGUGACCGAACUCCGAUGACAGCGAAUGGUCCUGAAAGGCUCAACAGUAGGGAAGAAGGCAAUAACACCAACACAAACAAUCACGGAAGCAGUAAAAAGUCCCUUGCUCUCCAGCAAUCAAUGGAAUUCGGCCACGGGUUUUUCGGUGCCUUUGCCUAUCAUCAUCACCAGCAUCACAACACAUUUGAUGUGGCUAAACGGCUGAAAUUGGACAUAAAUGAUCAUAUUCGCGGAAGCAAUGAUCGGGAAUCUUUAUAUGCAGGACUAUGGUUACCAUCAGUGCAUGGUGGCAAUCACGGUCACCGGGAUUACUUCGACUCAACCGAAGUAUCCCGCCACAAAAAAUCUUCCUCCUUCGAAAGUGCCUUGAAAUCUGUUACCCCUACCAACAUGAGCAUCAGGUCGUUGAGCCCUCGUCCCAGCACAAGCGGCAACGGAGGCAACUCAGUGUCAAACCUCAUAAACUCUUCUUCCAAAAACGGUAACUUGAACAAAGAACAACGCCGGAACGACACAUGUGAGUAUUGUGGCAAAGUGUUCAAGAACUGCAGCAACUUGACUGUGCAUCGACGAUCUCAUACCGGUGAGAAACCGUACAAAUGCGAGCUGUGCAGCUACGCUUGUGCGCAGAGCUCAAAACUAACAAGGCAUAUGAAAACACACGGACGUUUGGGGAAGGACGUGUAUCGGUGCCGAUUUUGCAACAUGCCUUUUUCGGUACCUAGUACUUUAGAGAAACAUAUGAGGAAAUGUGUGGUGAACCAAAAUGCAUCUGGCGUGUCAUACACGGACAGAGACUCAGACUCAAAAGAUCUGACAUGA